AAACGUAGAUUAAGAGAUAACGCGCGGCUGCGUCCGCGCCUAAUUAGUCAUUAAAUAGCUACCACACUGACCGUACGUGUGUUUGACUCAGUCCUCCCGGGUUUACCGUUAUAACAGUGGCGACGACAGUGCGAAUUAACAAAACGCGUGUUUAAAUAAUGGCCAAGUUAGCAGUUGGUUCAUUAACAGUUUUUAACCACGAAGUCCAAGAGUGGUCACUUUAUAAAGAUAAAUUAGAACAAUGGUUCAUAGCAAACGAUUUUGGGGAGGACGACAAAAAGAAUAAGCGGCGAGCAAUUCUUUUAAGCAACCUGGCCGAAUCGACCUAUAGACUUGUGCGCGAUUUAGCUUUACCCUCCGUAGUCGGCGAAUUAUCGUACAGCGCGGUGAUCGAACUGCUAGAUAACCAUUUCGAGCCUAAGAAAUGUGGAUUUGCAGAGAGAUUUAGGUUCCAUAGUGCUACGCAACGACCUGGCGAGAAAUUGACAGAGUGGGCCGCUCGUGUGCGGGGCUUAGCGGCAUACUGUGGGUUCACUGCGACUGCUUUAGAUGAAGCUUUACGAGACCGGUUUGUUUUGGGCAUGGCACCAGGCCCAGAGAGAGAUAAGCUGUUCACACGGAAGAUGGGCGACCUGACGUUGAGCUCAGCGUUAGAGUUAGCCGAGAACAUCCGGUGCGCUCGUACGGGGUCGCAGCAGACUUCUCUACAGGCUUCACAAGCUGAUACAUUGGGCCAGGAACCCUUGCAGGUGUUAAAGGUACAAGCGACAUCGGGACCUAAGCGUGGGGCGGCAGCGGGGGCGCGACAGCAAGCGUCCGGCGCGCCCCCAUUAGCGGCAACAGGAGCGGCCAGCUGUGCGGCUUGCGGUUACUCGAAUCAUCAAAUUGAAACUUGUAAAUUUACGCGUUAUAAGUGUAAGCAGUGCGGGAAAAAAGGACACCUGAAAAGAAUGUGCCCCUCAAAGCAAGUCGGGGGACAACAUUUUAUCGAGUGUUGCGCGGACGGUGAUGAUGGCGACAUUUAUGAUGAUGACGUCUAGAUUUACUAAAUCCUGCCGUCGAAUCGCCCUCCGAUCCAACACUCGAUAAAGUAGUCAAAGACAAACAGUGCUUGCAGUGUGAAUAUUAUUCCGGUGGCCGUAAAGUAGAUUUUAAGAUAGACGAACCAGUGUUAGUGCAAAGUGUCGUAAAUAAAAAAACAUUUUGGGUACGUGGCGUUAUAGUAAAAAAGAUAGGCCGAACAUUAUUUUUAGUAAGAAUAUCGAACUCUAAUAAAAUGGAAAAAAAACAUGCCAAUCAACUCCUCAAAUAUAGGGGAAGGGAGUGUACCGCGGACGACCUGGAGGAGCCGCCACCUAAUUUAUGUGCUAGAGCGCGGGAGCGAGAGGAGAAUGUCAUACCAGCCAUCAUUUUUGACGAGCAUGUAUCACCGUCGGAGCUCGGAGCUCAGCACAGUUCAGUGGAGCCAGAAACGACGACCGCGGUGCCUGA